AUGCAGCGGAUAUCCAUCGCUGAGGAAGAGGCCGACGAAGACGACUACUCCGCGUCAGCGUGCGCAAUUAUGCAGCGUCGUAGCUCUAGCCGACGUCAGAGCAAACGGAAACGACGUCCGUCGUCGCCGUUCGGCGUCGAAGCGGAGGCCACGCUUCGUCGAAGAUCUUCUGUCUACACGAUUAGCUCGGGAGAGACCGCCAUUUCGAUAGAGGAGAACGGCAGCCAGGAGCAGAUAUUCGAGAAACUGAAAUUACACAAGGAAGUGUUGUCCGGGGUGAAGCAGCAGCCGUGGCCGCUUCGUCGAAAGAUCAGGCUCGUUCGACAGGCGAAGGCGUACGUCAGGAGGCACGAGGGCGUUCUUCAGGAACGUCUUGCCCAUACGCGUAGCACGAAAGACGCUAUCGCGCGUAUCUCGCUUUUCACGACGAAGAAAUUGCAAUACUUUCGAAGGGAACUGGUUAAUCUUCAAACGUGGCUGGUCCCUUGGGAACUACGAAUCAAAGAGAUAGAGUCGCAUUUCGGCUCCGCGGUGUCCUCCUACUUCACCUUCCUCCGAUGGCUCUUCUGGAUCAAUCUCGUUAUGUGUGCCAUCAUCACAGCGUUCGUCGCUAUUCCAGAGGUGCUCACCGCGGAUCUAGCUGCUGCUGGAGAACGGAAGAUCAUGCUCAGGGAGGAAAGAAUCAAAUCGAAGCAUCUGCUCACCCUUUGGGAGUUCGAGGGUAUCCUCAAGUAUUCACCAUUCUUCUACGGCUGGUACACCAAUCAGGACUCGGAUAGCGGUUAUAGAUUGCCGCUCGCCUACUUCGUCACCAAUCUGGUCGUCUAUAUCUACAGCUUCGUCGCCAUAUUGCGCAAAAUGGCGGAGAACUCGCGACUGAGCAAGCUUACCGAGAAAGAGGACGAAUGCGUGUUUUCGUGGAAAUUGUUCACCGGUUGGGACUUCAUGAUCGGUAACCCGGAAACCGCGCACAACAGGACCGCCAGUAUCGUUCUUGGGUUCAAGGAGGCGCUGCUCGAGGAGGCCGAGAAGGAGAAAGAUGAAAGAAAUUGGAAAAUCAUAUUCAUGAGGAUUUUCGUGAAUAUAUCUGUGAUCUCGUUGCUGGUACUGUCGGCGUACGCGGUGGUUAAAGUGGUCGCGCGCAGCGCCGAAGAAUUCGAGCAGAACGAUUGGUGGAGACAGAACGAGACCACGGUGGUGAUGUCUCUGAUCACGUACGUGUUUCCGAUAUUCUUCGAGAUACUCGGUCUGUUGGAGAGUUACCAUCCGAGAAAGCAGCUUCGUUUGCAACUGGCUCGAAUAAUGGUGCUGAAUUUACUGAACCUCUAUUCGUUGAUAUUCGCGUUGUUCGAUAAGAUAAAUUCAAUGGUAAACUUACGAGAUCUGCAGCCAACGGUCACUAACUGUUCGUACAACGCAAUCGUGUGUAGUAACGAGAUGACGAGGUCGCGACCGUUUGUGACCCUUGCGUCUCUGAGUUUAAUUUUGGCGGGAAAUGUAACCAGCGUGCAGUACGAUAACGAAGCAACAGCACUGCCGUCGAACUCGAUGAUGCCCAAAAACUUCUACCUGAAUCCGAUCCUCGACGACAAGUCGCUCGAGGAGAUCUACAACGUCGGCGACUAUCCACCUCUGGACUAUACCUACGACAAUUACGAUUUCGAGGACACAAAAACCAACGAAUCUACGUCUCUACCGUCGACGGAAUCGAUCAAUCAAACGGAGAAUUCCAUUUCGGAAACGUUCGGAAGCAACGACACGUUUGACGUGACUGUAUCUUCUAUCGAUGACAACACCACCAGUACCCGUUUCAUUGACUUGAUCGACGAAGUUAAUGACACAACGUUCACUGCCGAUUCCAACGGAUCUGCGUCCUACGACGAAGUGACUGGCUCCAGUGUUUAUACAAUCGAGUCAAACUUCACAAGCGAAGAUUCUAUCGAUGCGUCUUCUAUGUCAUCUGAAACAGAAAUUGAAACGUCAGACGAGUAUAUAUUUGGUACGGGGGUCACAGGGUCACCGACCACAAACACAUCCACCGAAGACACUACCGAUAGAAUGACCACCAUGGAUGUUUCCUCGGUGUCGAUCGACGAACGAGUGAUUCCUCUCGCGGCGGACAACUACGUCGUCAAGUGCUUCGAGCAGGUCUGCACGACGACCACGCAGGGCACAACCGCUUCGUCGAAGCUGUUAGAUCUAAAGACACGAAAGAAGCUGCGUCGCCUGUGCUGGGAGACGAUGUUCGGCCAAGAACUGGCCAAACUGACCGUGAUGGACCUGGUGCUGAACAUAGUGUCGACGCUCAGCAUAGACUUCUUUCGGGCGGUUUUCGUUCGUUUCAUGAACAGCUUCUGGUGUUGGGACCUCGAGAAGCAGUUUCCCCAGUACGGGGACUUCAAGAUAGCGGAGAGCAUACUUCACCUGGUCAACAAUCAGGGCAUGAUAUGGAUGGGGAUGUUCUUCAGUCCCGGUUUAAUCGCGCUGAAUCUGCUCAAACUUGGGAUUCUCAUGUAUCUUCGAUCCUGGGCGGUGCUUACUUGCAACGUGCCGCACGAAGUCAUUUUUCGAGCAUCCAGGUCCAAUAAUUUUUACUUCGCUCUGUUGCUAACGAUGCUCUUCUUGUGCGUGCUACCGGUCGGUUACGCUAUAGUUUGGGUGGAACCAUCUUGGCACUGCGGUCCAUUUUCCGGCUACAAGAAGAUUUAUCAUUUGGCGACGAAACAGCUCACGGAUUCCCUUCCAGAACCGAUCCAAAGAUGUCUGGAUUACAUCGCCUCGCCGGGUAUCGUGAUACCCUUGAUUGUUUUAAUGACUUUAAUCAUUUACUACAUGGUGUCUCUUACUGGAUCCUUGAGAGAGGCUAACAACGAUCUGAAGAUACAAUUGCGCCACGAGCGAACCGAAGAGCGACGCAAACUGUUCAAAAUAGUGAAGAAAAGGGAGGAGCUGGUCGACGUGUCGUUCGUAAAAUGGAAAAAGAUGUUACCGGCCUUGUCCAGACGAUCGACAAAGACGAAAGUUCCGAAAGGUGAACCGGAAGUUCCGAUCGAGAAUUCCAUCGAAACGCACGGUAGGCACCGUUCCUCCUCGGAAGUAGCUGAAUUGACGGAUGUCGAGGAGGACGUGUUGCCGCACGAUCAAAAUAAAUAUGUAAUAUCAAAGAAUGACCUACGAUUAAGGAACGAUGCAUUUUCACGUAGGAUAACAAAGACUCUCCACGAUUCCUGGGAAUCACAAUCCAGCGAAUGCGCCGUGAUACCGGAGAUUCGAAUAAACGAGGCCGAGGGGAAGCCGCAAAGUCAUCCUGAUCCGAUUUGUAUAGAGCAUCGCGAGCCGAGUCAGACAAAAUAA